AUGCCAAGAGCACGGUCAUUUGGCAGUACAUGUUGUUAUUAUGAUGAUAAUACGAAUAAACACUCAUUUUUGAAAAGUAAAAGGAGUGAGAAUGCCAUAAACAUAAAGCGUGAAAUAGAACAGUGUGAGAAGGAACAUGUAAGCUUUAGGAAAGAAAUUAGUAAAUUCAUAGAUAGUAUAAAGAAGGAAAAUAGAUCAAAUAUGGCGAAUACGCCAAAUGAGGCAAAUACUCCAAAUAAGGCAAAAGAGUCAAUUAACACUAAUGAUAAGAGCUCCGACGGGACGGGAAGGAAUAAUGGACACUUGACUAACUCCAGUAAAAAGAAUUUUUUUCUAUUUUAUAAAAAUAAAUUAAAUAGAUUUCAAAAAGAUAAUAGUAAAUCUAAAGAAAACAAAAGUAAAAUUCCAUUAACAGCAAAUAAGGAGGAAUUGUUAAAAAAUGCAGAAAACCUUACCCUUCUGCACGAUGAAAACGUUUCUAUUGUAAAGGGAAAUACAAAAAUUCAUAUGCUUUAUAAAAAUAAUAAAAUAUUAACCCCUAUAAUUUUUAGUUUAAAUGAAAAGAGAGAAGCAGGAAACAGCAGCGAAACAGAGACAUCAAGUUUAUAUAAGAAAAAAUUAAAAAUAGAUAGUGGGUUAAGUACAAACGAAUUUUGCGAGAGUACUUGUCUUAAUAGCAAUAUUGAUCUUUUCGAUAAAAAAGGAUAUGAUAAUAAUUAUACCUUAAAAGAAGAUGAAGAAAUGUGUAGUAAAGUAAAUAAGAAAUCAUAUGAACAAGUAAAGAAUAAAAAUGAAAAGAUAAAUAAAAAAUUAAGAAAAAAGGAUUCAAUUGAUUCAACAACAAUUAUUGACAUUUUUAUAAAAAAUAUUGAAGAAGACGAAUGUCAAAGUAGAGAAAAAAAAAAAAAAAAAAAUACAGAUAGAAAAAAUAUUGAUUUUUCAUCGAUGUUCUCACUAUACAAUUAUAACAACUAUGAUUCUUAUUUGUUAGACUCUGAAAAUUUUGAAAACUAUAAAAUGAUAACAAGCAAAAAUAAAGAUGAUUUUGCCGAUAAUGAUGUACAAAACAUACUAUUUGAGUAUGAAAAGCUAGUUAAAGGUAAUAGAAAAAUUCUUGUAUUACUAUUUUGCAUAUUUAAUAAACUAAAAAUAAUUGAUAGCUGUAAAGAUGUCAAUAGAAAAAUUGAAAAAGGAAUAAGAAUAUACAUACAUGAAGUAAAAAAUAUUGUAAAAAAUUAUGAAGAAUUUUUCACAAAUCAGGAUAAUAAAAAUACACAGAAAUUGCAUUAUUAUUUUAAAAGAAACGAAAUAGUGUUAUUAAAAAAUAUACUGCUUUGUAUUAUCGAUCUUAUGUCUAAAAUCAAGUAUGAAUGCAGAGUUUUUAAAAAAGAGGUACAAAAGGAAAUUCGCCAAGUGGAAGAGGUUAUUUAUAAUGCAAAUUUGAUAUAA